GGACCGAUAAAACGUCACCCGAUCGCAAAACCGGCUCAGAUCAGCUAUUUAGCCGGAACGGCUUUUUAAAGCGGUUGGAUGCAGGCCGGAGCGGUUAACCAGUUGAGCCGUCCGCUCGGUUUUCACCACUUCCGGCCGUUUUGAUUUAAUAAAAAAACAAAAGCAAAAAUGCAAAUUGUCGGGCUGGGCUGCAAAGAAAGAAAACCCUAGCGACUUAUUUCAAUUCAUCUCCUUCCGUCUUCUUCGCAAAUAGAGAGAAUAGCGGCGACAUCGUCAUUGCCAUCGCUUCCCAGUCGACGUUCCCAGCUGCGCCUCUCCCUUCGUCAUCGCUUCCCAGUCGGUGUCGUUAUCUCCCGUCUCGGCGUCGUCAUCGCCAUCGCUUCCUCUCGUCAUCUCGCGUCUGUAGCAAACUCCUUGCCCCGCUGGCCGCGUCUCUCAGCGGAACAAAGCUCCGGUACGGCGAUAUGGAACCGGAGCUGGUAAUUGCCUCUUCUUCAGUCGACGCCGGCAUAGGCUGUUGGGACCUCGAAACGGGAGUUAAGCAGCCGCUCCACUACAAAUCCUGCGCAUCCACCCGCCACGGCCUUUCCGCCGUCGGCAGCCGCUUCCUCGCAUCUUCUCAGCUCCAAGACCCUAAACUCAAAAAUGGUUUCAUUCACUACUGGUCUUGGUCCAAGCCGGGAGUGGAGGUGAAGAGCUUUCUGGCGGAGCCCAUAAAGCCCAUAGCUGCUAAUUCUGAAGGGACUUACAUUGUUGGUGGAGGGAUUUCCGGAAAAAUCUAUCUUUGGGAGACUGCUACUGGUAGAUUGUUGCUUGAGAGAUGGGAGGCGCAUCUCAGGCCGAUUACUUGCCUGGUAUUCAAUGACGACGGUUCACUUCUGGUUUCUGGGUCGGAGGAUGACACUGUUAAAGUGUGGCCACUUUUGAAGGUGUUAGAUGAUAGAGAACCAGACAAACCAAGUCAUCGCUACUUGUAUAACUUUUCAGACCACACUAUGCCAAUAACUGACCUGGUUAUAGGUUAUGGAGGAUGGAAUGCAGUUAUUGUUUCAGCCUCAGAGGACCAAACUUGUAAGGUAUGGAGCUUAUCUAAGGGUGAAUUGUUGAGAAGUGUUGUGUUUCCAUGUAUAAUCAAUGCAUUAGUCUUGGAUCCUGCGGAAACCGUCUUUUAUGCUGGUGGUAAAGAUGGGAAGAUAUAUAUUGUUGCCCUUAGUGCCAAUAGCCCAUCCAGCAAAAGUCCUUGGUUGCACAUCAUUGGUUCGUUGUCUAGUGGAAGUAAGAACUUGAGCGACGCUGUGACUUCAUUAGCAUACAGUACCAGUAAGAACUGGUUGCUUGCUGGAUCAGAGGAUGGGUCAAUUCGAGUCUGGGAUCCCAAGAACAUGAACCUCAUUCAUGGAUUCCAUCAUGAAAAAGGUCUUGUGAACAAUCUGCAGGUCACAAGGCGGCGAAAGUCUUCACUACCACCUCCACUGCAGAACUUCCAAGCGUCGAAAGAUGACAAGUCAUCGCUGCUGCAUACUAACAGUAAUUGUCUUAAGGCUGCAUAUGUCACCUCUCCUCUGAUCGACAACCAACUCAUAGAACUUCAGAUUACUAAUUCUCUGUUCUUGCAAAAGGGUUCUUCAGCUGCGGCCGAAAUGGGAGUAGCAAAGGCGAAGCAUGAUCUUGCAGAGUCUAGACAAAUGGUGAAGAGAUUGAAGACAACCUACGAGAGUCUGCAUAAAUUCUGCAUGGACGAGAUAUUGGAGGGUGAUGGCCCCCCGAAAGGGUAGUGUUGAUCAAGCUUUUAAGUAGUGAGCUCAAAAGUAAUCAUUUUGUGGAUGCUUGAGCUGGAGAGUUUCUGUAACUUUUAGUUUCGUUCAUUUCGUUUGUUUUCGGCUUAAUUGCAAGUUUGGUCACUCGAAUUGCUAUAAAAUUUCACGUUUGCCACUCAAAUUAAUUUAUUCCAUUUAUAGUCACUCGAAUUAGUUGAACAGUUCGAGUUCGGUCACUCUCCGUUAACCUCUGUUA